ACUGUUCAUUUAUUAUUAUUCCCUCCACAAUCCCUUCCCCAUCCAACCGCCCGCAUUUCUUCUCCCUUCCAAAUCUAAAUCUCCACCGCCCAAAACAUCCAUUCACAGACAUAUCCCCACCUCCCUCUCUCAGAUCGGAGCAGCCACACAAACACCACCACCAGCCCCCCCUUUCCCUCUCUUCAGUUUUAUUUGAGAGACGAAGUUAAGCUUCUAAUGGUGGAAGCGCAGACAUGGAAGACACGGCGGAUGAGCAACCCACGUCUCGACGCCACCGCCACCACCACCACCACCACCGACGACCAGGUCCUCAACAUCCCAGCCACCCCGCCCGGCGACGUUCGGAACACCUACUACUCUCUCGGAUCAAAACUAUCCCCUAACCUCCUCACCGCCCUCAUCAUUGCCUCCUGGUUCAUGUCCAACAUCGGCGUUCUUCUCCUCAACAAGUACCUCCUCAGUUUCUACGGAUUCCGCUACCCCAUCUUCCUCACCAUGCUCCACAUGAUAUCUUGCGCCGCCUACAGCUACAUCGCCAUCAAUUUUCUCGAAAUAGUCCCCCGCCAGCACAUUUUAUCCCGAAAGCAGUUCUUCAAGAUCUUAGCUUUGAGCACCAUUUUCUGCUUCUCCGUCGUGUGCGGGAACACUUCCCUCAGGUACAUUCCGGUGUCGUUUAAUCAGGCGAUUGGGGCAACCACGCCGUUUUUCACUGCCAUUUUCGCUUUCUUGAUCACCUGUAAGAAGGAAACAGCAGAGGUCUAUUUUGCUCUGUUGCCCGUGGUGUUUGGGAUUGUGUUGGCAAGCAAUAGCGAGCCUUUAUUUAACCUUUUUGGAUUCUUAGUUUGCAUCGGCUCCACCGCCGGCCGCGCCUUGAAGUCGGUGGUUCAGGGAAUCUUGCUAACCAGUGAAGCAGAGAAGCUGCACUCCAUGAACUUAUUGCUCUACAUGGCGCCCAUGGCGGCGCUGAUUUUACUACCGUUUACCCUUUACAUAGAAGGAAACGUAGCAAGAAUCACUCUUGAGAAAGGAAAGUCAGAUUCUUUCAUUGUGUUCCUGUUGAUUGGGAAUGCCACAGUGGCAUAUUUAGUAAAUUUAACAAAUUUCUUGGUGACGAAGCAUACGAGCGCGCUUACUCUGCAAGUUCUGGGGAAUGCUAAGGCUGCGGUGGCAGCGUUUGUGUCGGUAAUGAUCUUCAGGAAUCCGGUGACGGUUAUGGGCAUGACUGGAUUCGCAGUUACAAUAAUGGGGGUUGUGCUUUACAGAGAGGCAAAGAAGAGAUCUAAAGUUACAAUACAUUGAUAAACAGAGUAUGACAAAGAAAGAUGAUUCAUUUUGAUGAGCACAAACAACUGGUGCGGCUUUUCUUUUCCUUUUUUGUUCACUUUAAUUUCUUGCUUUAUUUUGUCUUUGAAUUUUUUAUUCGAUUUUAAUGAAGGGAAUGAAUCAAAGAAGAGAAUUUGGAUCCAAAGAAAAUGUAAUUGGAUUGUAUAGGUUAAUGGAGAUAAAGGGGAAAAAGGGAUUCAAUGCUCUUUUUCUUUUUCAUUAUGGGGUUUCCCCUAUGUUUUGCAGAAUUAUCAACACAUAGAAAGACACUUGCUUUUGUACCUCUGUUUUGGAAAUUUUUUUUUUUUUUUUUUUUUUUUUGAAUUAGUGUUGGCAUUCUUUGAAUUCAUUUCUGGGUUUUGAAGAUUUCAACUUGUUAAAUCUGGGUUCUUUUCACAUUCUGCAAGCUAUUUUAGGGCUUAUCUUUGUGAU